AUGGGAGAGAACGCUAACGUAACCGUCACCGCCGAAACCAAAACCAAAACCCUUCUUUCUCUUCUAACAGAACCAGUCGAAUGGCUGAGAAUGCUCUCCUCACAGCUAAACCCUACCUUCGUGAUCGGAGUGUUCCUCAUCUACGGUUUAGGGCAAGGCCUCUCGGGCUCGCUCUUCAAGGUAGUCGCAGAUUACUACUGGAAAGACGUGCAGAAGCUUCAACCCUCCACCGUUCAACUCUACGUAGGUGUUUACUUCAUCCCCUGGGUUCUCAAACCUCUUUGGGGAAUCCUCACCGACACGUUCCCCAUCAGAGGAUACCACCGCCGACCCUACUUCGUCAUCUCCGGCGUCAUCGGCGCCGUCUCCGCCGCCACUGUCGCACUCACCGGUAACCUCGCCGCCGCCGCAGCACUGAUGUGCUUUCUCGGUGUGUCGGCGUCGCUCGCGAUCGCAGACGUCACGAUCGAUGCGUGUAUUGCCAGGAACAGCAUCGAGGUGAGGGAGCUAGCGCCGGACUUGCAAAGCCUCUGCGGAUUCUGCUCCGGCACCGGCGCGCUCAUCGGGUACCUCGCGAGUGGGUUCUUCGUGCACCGGCUUGGUCCUCAGGAGUCGCUGGGUCUCUUGGCGCUUUGUCCGACUUUGACAACUGUGCUGGGUUUUGUGAUUUAUGAAAACAGAACAAGUGGGUCGCAUAUUGAAACGAAACAGGCAGUGCUGGUGAGCGUAGGAACGACUAUUAGAAGCAUGUUCAAAACAAUUAGGUAUCCUCAAGUGUGGAAGCCUUCUCUAUUCAUGUUCCUUUCCUUGGCUUUAAAUGUGACCACUCACGAAGGACAUUUUUAUUGGUAUACCGAUUCAAAAGCUGGUCCUGCAUUCUCUCAGGAGUUUGUAGGGGUGAUAUAUGCAAUCGGUGCAGUGGCAUCAUUAAUAGGGGUUUUAAUCUACCACAAGGUUCUAAAAGACUACGCAUUCCGAGACCUAGUGUUUUAUGCACAACUCUUUUAUGGCAUAUCUGGUGUGCUGGACCUGAUUUUCAUCCUCCGUUGGAAUUUGGUUAUUGGAAUCCCUGACUACAUCUUUGUCGUCAUUGAAGAAAGUGCUACAAGAAUCACAGGCAAAAUCAGAUGGAUGCCCAUGAUGGUGCUGAGCACCCAGUUGUGCCCUUUAGGCAUUGAGGGCACAUUUUUUGCUCUCUUAAUGUGCAUUGAUAGCACUGGUGCCCUCUUAUCCAGAUGGGGUGGAGGGUUGCUUCUUCGUCUCCUCCACAUCACCAGAACUGACUUCACAAACCUUUGGCUGGCUGUUCUCAUAAGGGACAUGCUUAGGUUUGCUAUACUUGCUUUGGUUUUUCUUGUCCCUAGAACAGGUCAAUAUGAGGAACUGCUUCCUUCCGAUACUCCAGAAAAUUACCCGAGUUAUGAGGUACCUGAAGAGAAUUUGGAGCUUGUCCCCAUCAGUAGCAAGAUCGAAGUUUAG